AUGGCCUUUUACGAUUCUGAAGACGCCACUCGCCCCAUGCUCCGUGAGGGGGAGGAAGACGAGAAGGCGCUCGCUCUAUCGCCUAUACAGCAACAACAGCAACAGCAACAGCGGCGCAGCCAACGCAAAAUCCUGUCUAGGCUUCUCGUCGGCCUCGCACUGAGCAUCGUCUUUGCGUUCUCCGUGACCUGGACCUUCCAGUUCAUCGUCACCCCUCCCCGCACCAACGCCGAGGGGGUCAUCGUGAGCCCUUGCGGCAGCACGUCCAGUGAGGCAAGGGCUCGCGGCUGCCACUUCGAUGUGCUCUCGUUCUGCUGGGUCCCGGAGGAGUGCUUCGACAGGGAGCUCACCGACGAGUUCCGUAGAGCCGGGCCGUGGGUGUUCUACACAGACCGGAACAAGACCGCCUCGGUCACGGAAGAGGAGUUCGGCGCCGACGUGCGGCCAGUCUACCUCACCAACAGGCUGCACAAGACGCACUGCGCCUACAACAUUCUACGGUUCCACAAGGCGCUGACCGAGGGCCGCAUGGUGCACAAGGAGGACGUCUUGACGCACACGGAGCACUGUACGCAGGUCUUGACGCGGGUCAACGAGCCGGACGACAUUGAGGUCAGGGCGAAGAUUCAGUAUCCUGACUGCGGCCAUUUCUCAAAGGAUUUCCCCGGAAAGGCCAAGGACGAUGUCCGCAGCCACCAUCAUGUAUGA